ACCUCUAUUGAUCUGCAUUUUGUAGCAUCGAUUAAUCACAAAUAAUCGUAAGCGACCUACUUGACAUUCUAAGAGCUCAAGAGGUCUGCUGAUAACAAGCAUGCUCCAUUAACGAAUAAAACAUCAAAUCAAAUAGUGCAUCAAAUAGUUGGGAAGAGAAGAAAUCAAACAUGAAGUUUAGAAGCUUAUAACUAAAGGAUCUUUUACCAAAACACGUCUGUGCUGUGGAAGUGUACUUUUAUGACUUAAGUGCUGGAAAGUUUGAGCUGUUUGUAGCAAACAAUGAACAGCUUUGUUGAAAUGAAGUUACAAAGCAUUUACCACUGGAAGAUACCAUGGAAAACUAAACUAUAUGAUGGAUGCAGACAAGCAAAUCAUAUACACUUUCAGAAGCCCUGGCUUGGAAUGCAUAUUUCAGGCAUUAUAAGACUAAUGCAUCUGUGAGUGACAUUUACCCUGCAGACACUGAAUAAUUUGGCUGCAAAAUGCAAAGCAUCCCAGGACAAAGCACAAUUUGAAGAAUUGUGAAUCUGUGAUACACAAGUUAGCAGGACAAAACAGUCACUCUCCAGUAACCAAAUUAUAGAAUCAUGCUCGCCCCCUGGCCAGUGAAGAUCCUCUUGACUUAGCAUCGAUCUGCAUAUAAUGAAAGAUAAUCUCCAUUAUGCAUUCCAUUAUGCAUUAAAUUUGAAGAUAUGAUAUCUACUAAGGUACACCAUGGGCAGUUUGUUGCAAUACCAUUCAAAACGGGCAUGGAAAACCAAAAGCCCAGAUAAAACUUCCAAGCAGUCAUAAAAGUGGUCAAAGCUCUACCAAGAUACCCAAACAUGUAUCCAGAAGAAAUACUUAAUCAACCUCCAUCAUAAGGCAUCAAAGGAAGAAAUAUGACAAAUCUAUCCAGUAUCCAUCUAUCUACUGACGUUGGAGAGGAUAAGAAAUUAGGAGAAGUAAAGAGAAAGAGACAGGAUGUUCAUUGUUCAAGUGCUCAUCAAUCCAGCUAGAGGAUCUCAUUUUAUGAAGUGAUUGCUGCACCAUAAGAAGAUUCAAGUCAUGGACACUGAACUGAGGACUGCAGUUAUUUUUGGCUCAGCUGCAUGAAGAUACUUAGAAAAUGGAUUUAGAUUCAGCAAGCUUAUCCCAGCUCUUGUACUUCUCUCUGUUUGACUGCACAGCUGUAAUGAUAUGCAACUAUCAUUUUUCUCUUGGUCAUCAAGCAAGAAAUUGACUUUUGUUCCAUUGUGAGAAGAAUUUUGUGCAAACCAUGCGAAACAUUAAAUUUUACUAUUGCUGAAGCUUGAAAUCUCCUCUGCAAGAAGCAUCGUCUUGGUGUUUGUGAUAAUUUGGACGCCUUGUUGUCUGCAUUUAUGGUUUGUCUAGUGUGAGAGGCUGCAGAUUCCUGGAUGCCUCUCAUUGUGUCUCAUCUGAGUUUAUGUGAGAAUCAUAUAUGUGUGCAACUGCCUGUGUGUUAACACCAUUACGUGCUCGUGGCGGAGUGGCGCUCCUUCACAACCGUAUUGUCAUAUGCACGUGUUCGCUGUAGUUUCCAGUUCAGGGACAGGUUAAGCCGCCGACACUCGGAUCAGAAGUAUGGUCGGAGGGCGUCGUCUAUCGCCCCCGGGCCGGGACAUGAGGCCCAUGCCCCCGAUGAGGGCCGACCACUACCCGCCGGCGUACCCGGACCGUGAGCGGAUCAAGAGAGAGUACCGCAAACCGUCGCCCGAAAUGCACCGCAGAAGCCGCUCGAUGACGCCGCCGAUGAAGAGGCGUCAUCCGCCGUCGCCCGGCGGGUACCGCGCCGCCAGCCCGGGCAUGCGGCGCCGGCGCAGCCUCACCCCGCCGCCGCCACCGUCCCUGCGCCGCUCGCGCUCACGCUCACCGCCUCGCAAACCGAGAGCGCCCAGUCCUCCAUCUCGCGGAUCGCAUCGUAUGGGAAGUGACUCGAGAGAUUCGCGCAGGAGCGUUGAAAGGCACCCCGGUGACUUUUACGGCCCAUGGGGAACCAAGAUCGCCAUUCACGACCUGAAGAAAAUUACUGUGGACAUCAAGAGAAACCUACCCAAGGGCAAACGAAGCACCUCGCCAAUCAUCAGACGGAUCAUUAACGCGGACGAUAUCACACUUUAUCGCAGAAACGGCGAGGGAGCCCGUCCGCUUCUGGAGCGGCCCGAGCUGCGCGCGGCCGUCAAUCGGCGUUUCGAUGACGCGCCGCCGCCGCCGCCGCCGGCGCCGGCUCCCAACGAGCCGCGCGUGGUGGCCAUCAUCCGCGAGCCGGGACAAGCCGGCCCCACCGUUGAUCGCCACGCUGACCGCGCGUUCGAGCAUCACCGGUCCCGUUCGCGCGACCCCAACUACGCGCCGCCGGUGGAGCGGCAGAUGCCUGUCGGCGACCGCAUUGACAGGGACCGUGCCGAGCGCACCCAGCGGCAAGUAGAGAAACUCGAGCAGAUGGAGGUGGCCAUUGACCGCAAACUCGAACAGAUCCAGCGCUACGAGAGAAAGUAUGAGGAGACCAUGCGCGAUGAGAAGUAUGGGGACAUCAAAGAUGAGCGCAAGCUGGUCGACCGUAACAUCAGGGACCGACUCGGACCGAAACGCAGCAGGGAUGAGUUUGAGCCUGAGGAGGAUCACCAGCCGCGCCUGCCCGACUUCUCCCAGCGGCCCAACAAGCCGCCCAUCUGGGAGGGGGACAACAUGAGGAGGGACUACUACUCGCAUGAGCACCGGGACGGCUUCCGCAGCCGGGGGCGUGGCUUCGUUCGGGGGCGUGGCCGCGCCAGGGGGCGUGGUGAGUACGACUUCUAAACGGACCAACGACGGUACGAGCCAAGCAACCUGUGUUUGGGGUUGGUGGUCGGAUGUCGCCCACAUCGUGGGAGCACGACAAGUACGAGGCGUACUGAGAGCUCGACCCGCCACCGGACCACCCGUGCAGCGGUACAUCCCCUCCCGGCCGGCCACCGGGCGUUCAGCGGGCUGCGCCACUCACCGUGAGCCGACAGCGGUGUGUUCGGCGCCCGGGGAACCCAGAGAGGACGGCAGGGCGGCGGUCAGACAAACCGCGUCACCGCCACCGAGCGUCGCGUUUCGUCAUCGGCAGUUUCAUUUCACAGACUAGCCGCUCAUGUAUCGUGUUCGCCGUUGUUCACAAAAUACAGCCAUUAUAACGUGCUGGUAA